GCCUGCAAGAAGUAGUUGCCGAGAAGUUUCUCCUUUCUUUGACCCACUUUAUCUCUAUAAUUAUUUAUUUGGGAUAAGUUCUGCAACUCUAUAAUUGGACCUCUUGCUAGAUUGUAAUCGCUCAUACGUACUGAGAGCAUGACUUCUUCUUCUAUGGCCUUUCAAUCAGGAGCUUCUUCCUCUUCUUCAUCCUCUUCAUCUCCUUCCAUCCAUCCAUGGAAUCAUGAUGUAUUCUUGAGCUUUAGAGGUGAAGAUACUCGCAAUAAUUUUACUGCCCAUCUAUAUGAUGCUCUAGAUCGAAAGGGAAUCAACACUUACAUAGACUACGAACUUAGAAGUGGAAAGGAAAUUUCACAGGCACUUCUCAAAGCUAUAGAAGAGUCGAGAAUUGCCAUCAUUAUACUCUCUCAAAACUAUGCAUCAUCCACAUGGUGCUUAGACGAGCUGAUGAAGAUUCUUGAUUGUAACAAAACAAGGCAACAAAUCAUUCUACCUGUGUUUUACAACGUAGAUCCAUCAGAAGUACGACAUGAAAGAAAGAGUUUUGGAGAAGCAUUUGCAAAACAUCAACAUAGGUUUAAUGAUGACAUGAAGGUGCAGAGGUGGAAGGAAACACUCGAAGAGGUGGCCAACUUGUCCGGGUUUCAUUUAGGGAACAGGAACGAAUCUGAAUUCAUCAACGAAAUUGUUGAAGAGGUUUCGAGAAUAGUAAAUCGUAUAUACUUAAGCGUUGCCAAGUAUCCAGUUGGAAUAGAGUUUUAUAUAAAAGAUAUUAAUUUGCUUCUAAGUAUUGGGAUGAAUGACAGACGCAUGAUAGGGAUCCUUGGAGUUGGUGGAAUUGGAAAGACAACCAUCGCCAAAGCAAUCUACAACUCAAUUGCUUAUCAGUUUGAAGCUAGCUGUUUUCUUGCAAAUAUUCGAGAAACUUCAAAUCGAGAGGGUGGUCUAAUGCACCUACAGGAGACACUUCUUUAUGAGAUCUUAGGAGACUCUAAGAAUUUCAAAGUUGGGAGUGUUGAUAGGGGAAUCAAUGUGAUAAAGCAUAGGCUUUGCUCUAAAAAGAUUCUAUUGAUUCUUGACGAUGUGGAUAAGUUAGUCCAAUUAGAAACUCUAGCCGGAGAUCAUGAUUGGUUUGGUUUAGGAAGUAGAAUCAUCAUAACAACAAGAGAUCAAAAUUUAUUGACUAGUCAUGGAGUUGAUUCAACUUACAAGAUGAAUGAGUUGGAUCACGACAAAGCUCUUCAGCUCUUUAGUUUACAUGCCUUCAAGAGAGAAAAGCCUAUGGAUGAUUAUGCGGAACUAACAGAAGAUGCUGUAGGAUAUGCAGGGGGUCUUCCACUAGCUUUAACGGUUCUAGGUUCAGAUCUAAAAGGUAGAAGCAUACAUCAAUGGAAAAGUGCAUUGGAUAAGCUCAAGAGAAUUCCUAACAAAGAUAUUCAAAUGAUACUUGGAACAAGUUAUGAAGGAUUGGAUGAUAAUGAGAAGGAUAUUUUCCUUGAUAUUGCUUGUUUCUUCAAAACAAAAGAUGUAGAUUAUGUCAUCAAAGUAUUAGAUAGUUGUGGUUUCUUUCCAGAUGAUGGUAUUCCAAGGCUUAUGGAUAAGUGUCUCAUAAGUGUUGACGAGCAUGGAAAAUUGUGGAUGCAUGACUUGCUACAAGAUAUGGGUAGAGAAAUUGUUCGACAAGAAUCACCUAAAGAACCUGGCAAACGUAGUAGAUUAUGGUUUCAUGAAGAUGUUUGUUCUGUACUAGAAGAAAAUACGGUAACAAACAAAAUUGAAGGGAUAUUGAUAGAUUUGCCAGAACGAGACUUGAUAUGCUUAGGUUCCAAAGCAUUCAUGAAGAUGAAAAGACUCAGAAUAUUUAUAAAUCGCAAUGCAUGUUUAUCCGGAGGGCCUAAUUACCUUUCUAAUGAGUUAAGCUUGCUUGAUUUGGGUGAAUGUCCUUUGCAAUCUAUGCCAUCCAAUUUUCAUGGAAAAAAGCUCAUUGAAUUUAGGAUGCAGCAUAGCCUCGUAAAGGAGUUGAGGGAUGGAUUCAAGCCCAAGAAUUUGACGACUAUGAAUUUCAAUUAUUGUAACUUCUUAGAAAAGAUUCCGGAUCUUUCAAGCAUCUCAAAUUUGAAGGAAUUGAGUGUACAAAGUUGUAGAAGAUUAGUUGAGGUGCAUGAUUCCGUUGGAUCUUUGGAAAAUCUUUCUAAGUUGGAUUUUCUAGGAUGCUCUAAACUCCAAAUCCUUCCAAGAAGCCUCAAUUUGAGAUCUUUAAGUUGGCUUAAUUUUAGUGAGUGCUCAAGCCUUCGUUAUCUUCCUGAAAUCGAGUGUAAAAUGGAAUGUUUAAGAGGGUUGUGUCUAAGAAACACCGCAAUAGAAGAACUACCUUUAUCCAUUGGGACUCUGGUUGGACUUGACUUUCUAGAUCUAUCGGCCUGCCAAAACCUCCUGCGUCUCCCAAUUGCUUGCAUUCAGUUGCAACAUUUACACCACCUUUAUAUUGGUAGUUGUCCAAAUCUUGUACGUGAAGAACUACUUCAUGAAUUGGCAUCUCCAACGAAUUCAAGCAAUGGAACUAGCACUGCAUUACAAGUAUCGAAUCUUCAAAUUAGUUGUUCCCAUUCAGAAUCAAAUUUCUUUCCAAUAUCUAGUUUCUUUACCAUGUUUAACUCCGCUGCCAGUUUGAGUCAUUUAGAACUAUCGGGGACUGAAAUUGUUAGCCUUCCCACGAGCAUCAAAGAAUUCGUUGCACUAAUUAAGCUUUCCUUGUGCUGUUGGGAGAAACUUGAAGAAAUAAUAGAGCUUCCACCAAAUAUAAGCCACGUAGAUGUUAGUGGAUGCAAGUCACUAGAAAGAUUUUCGGAAGUAUCAAAAAUAUUGGAAUUCAAUGGAAGCCACAUCAGAUCGCUACAAGAAAUUGAGUUGUCCGACUGCGACAAAAUGCAUGUGAAUAUAUGGAAUGAUAAAGUGCAAAAUCCAUUAUUGUGGAAGGGAGUCUAUGAAUAUGAUGCUACUUUGUUUCCAGAAAAUCAGAUUCCAGAGUGGUUGAGUUAUGUUCACGAGUUUUUAAAAGAUGAUGAUGAUGGCAGACGUAGGGGAGAAGAAGAGUGGGUAAUAGAUAUUGAGGGGCCACACUAUUUGGAGGAGAUAAGCGGAAUUGUAUUAUCUCUUGUAAUGUUUUUUAAAGAUGAUUUUGUUGAUGAUAUUGGUUGUGAUGCUAAGAUAACCACUAACGGCUCAAAUCAUGUAUGUUGUACUGAAGAAAGGGUAAAAUUGGUUCAUACUGGUCGUUCGUACACAAAAGAGAGAAAUACGCCUAGAUAUGUUGUAUGGGUGGGGUACUCCAAUUUACAAUCUUUUGAACUAAAGGUUUUGGACAAUUUGCAAGUUCAAUUUGAUCUCCAUCAUCGUUACCCUUGGAUAGUGCCGUUUUAUAAAAGUUGCAGAGCCAAAGUGGUAUACAAGAAUGAAAAGAGAGCAAAUAAAAAAAAAAGAAAAAUGGUGGAAGGACAACUUGAAGAGGCACUUUCAGGUGGAAUUAUAUUUCCGGACUUUACAUAUGCAAUUUGGAGUUAUAAUGAUACGGUCACUUUGUAUAUGCAAUUCUGGCUAUUGAGUCUAUGUGGUAAAUUCCUUUCAAAUUUUUUGUCUUUUUUAACCGAGUGUGACAACUAUAACUUCAAAAUUGGUAUUCUUCUGACUGAAAAAUGUGAUGUCUUAUUUGCUUUAGAGUCGGGAAGGAAUUCUUGACUUUAGGUUUCUCAAGUUUGCUGUUGAUAAGAUUAUGAGUAUUCUUUUAUAUUUUUGGAGAAAUCAAACCAGGUAUCGAAUAUAGGAAUUGAGUACUCAUAAUAUUUUUGUUCUUUUUUAAUUAAAUAGACUUGCACCGUAUGGGAGUUU